AGCGCCACAACAACGAACGGCUCAGAUCAUCCCAUUUCAAAUCCAACACCCAUCAUAUGCCCGUCUCAAACGCAAUCGCAACCGUUCGUCCCCUCACUCUUGUCACUCAAGCACACAAGCACUGUUACUACGUAGCCACUGCAUUCAUGGAGUGCAUCCCCUCCCCCUCUCCUAUCCUUCCAAAAACAACACCCUUCCACUUUAACUCCCACCCCCUCUCCCCGGCCGCCACCUGUCCCCUGCCCCACCGCGUUCCAGCUCAUCAUCGACGACCAAAAGAGGAAAAAAGAAAACGCUUAAAGAGAUCGGCGACACGCGAAAUGCAGUAUGUUUCGCGUCGAUAUAUAUAUAAAUAUAUAUACAUGUACAUGUACACACAAAUACAUACAUACGUGUGUACAUCUGAGCGAACGGUUUCGUCAGAGUAAGGAUAGGAGGGAGCAGGGAUGGGGUAUACGAAGGUGCCGAUGGAGGCGAGGGAUACGUUGCACCACCGCAAGAAGACGUACCGGAAGAGGCAUCCGGUGCUGAAGAGGCGCGUUGAGGAGCUUGGCGUGCUGUGCGAGGCCGACGCGGUGCUCCUCAUGUUCUCCCCCUCCGGUCACCCUUCGCUCUUUUGCGGCGGGACCAGUGAUUUGGCAGAAAUUUUGGAAAAGUAUUCGAAGGUCGAUCCUACCGAAAGAGAAAACAGGAAGAAUGAAGUUAUUGCUGUAAGAUCUCAUGAGCCAAAACUUGUUGGAUAUAUAUAAGCGCGUCUAAUAUAAUUACAG